UGGGGAUUGGACCAUUACAGGAGCUCCUCUGGAUUUGCGUGACCCAAGAAUUCUUGCUGUAGCAGCUGCACAGCGUCGUCUUCUUGAAGCAGAGUAUGACGAAUAUGGUGGUACUGAUGCUAAUGGUGCUGCAUUCUGCCGUUCUGCUGCACUCAUUCUAAUGGCCCUGUUGCUUCUAAGACAUGCAUUGUCGAUCUCGGACAAUGAAGGAGAUGAUGACGCUUCUACCAUGUUCUCUCUUUUUCUUCUCCGAGCUGCUGGAUUUCUGCUGCCAUGCUAUAUAAUGGCAUGGAUCUUCAGCAUUUUGCAUCGCCGGCGACAAAGGGAGGAAGCGGCCUCAAUUGCCACGGCAGAGGUAGCAUUCAUCCUGCAAUCAGCCCAGGGCCGUGCCCUUCAGUUUACCAUCGCUCCAGACUCUCCAACCACCCCACAGCAUGAGCCACAGCAGCAGCAAUAGCUAAACGACCCAGUAGUUCCACAAGUACUGGCACAAUGCGUGCUUGAAGAUGUGGGUCUGGGUGCCUAUUUUGUUGUUGGUGCUGGCUCAUCAGGAAUGCUAGGAAGCCUUCCUGUGGCCAGGUAAAAACCUCGUAUGGUGAGUCUUAUUUGUCUCGAGCAAUGUGACUAAACCUGUGUGUCUGAAUGUAAUUUAAGCACUGAUUUAAUGUAAAUUUUAACAUCUACCAUUACUAUUUUGGUGCAACCCGUGUCUUGUGCUCUAAGCGCAAUGAUUUAAUGGGCAAGAUAUAUUGCCAUA